CAGCGUGGCAGUCCCGUGCGACUUCAGUUGUCUGUCGCAUUUACAGUGAGCUGUUUGCAGUGCGUGGACCUGCAUCGGGAUUUCGUACUGCAGCUUGUGCCACGCGAGUAUCAUUAAUAAGAAUUGACUACCAUGGCAGCCAGCAAUGAAGUUCAGGAGAGCACAGUCGUACACCUGGGCGACCUACUGGACGAGGGGAAAGGCGCCAUGGUGACUUUGGUGGCGGGGGAGACGCGGCUGGUGGCACACAGAGCAGUCCUCGUUACCGGCAGCCCCGUAUUCGCCUCCAUGCUCCAGCACGACACACUGGAAGUUGGAAGCUGCCUGGUCAACAUCACAGACGUGGAGGGCCCGGUGCUGAGAGAGCUGCUAACAUACAUGUACACCCUCCGUGCCCCACGACUGGCGAGCAUGGCUCCACGAUUACUGAUCGCUGCUGACAAGUACUGUGUGUCGAGCCUGAAGGCCCAGUGUGAGCAGCAGCUGGCCACAGCACUGGCUGUGGACAACGCGGCGGCCACGGCUGUUCUCGCGGUGCGACACUGCUGCCCCCGCCUCAGGCAGACCGCCGUCUCCUACAUAAAGGGGCGCACAUACCAGGUGAUGGCCACGCAGGGCUGGGCUGACGCAGUGCGCACCCAGCCAGAAGAUGUCGUCGAACUGAGCAGGCUGCUCGCAGAGACACCGCCAGAAUCCAGCACGCCGGCCACCGCGGUCUGUGGGCCCUCCAGCUCCAGCUCCAGCCCCAGCACUCAGCCGCCCAGCGACCACGGCCGCUCUCCCGCCGUGGCUGCCCAGCACACUCCCCCGCCACCUGAUGACGCCGCUGUCUCUCGACUGCGGGGCCUUCCUAGAGCGAAGAGAGGGAGGAGGCUGAUAGAGGCGGCAAAGGUGGGGGCGGUGGAACAACUGCGUGCGUUGCUGGCGGCAGGGGCGGACGUGACGGUGAGGGACGAGGGGAACUGGACUGCCCUGCACUGGGCAGCAGACAGGGGCCACGUGGGGGCGGCCAGCUGCCUUGUGGGGGCGGGCGCGGAGGUCGGUGCCAGGAGCAGGGAGCAGAGCACGCCUCUGCACUGGGCUGCAUACAAUGGCCACACAGCUGUCGUGCGGCUGCUGCUCGCCGCCUACGCCGACCCAAACGUCAGGGAUCGGUAUGGGCGGACUCCACUGCACUGGGCGGUAAGGAACGUUCAGGCAGAGGUGGUGGCUGAGCUGCUGCAGGCGGGAGCGGACAGGGGGGGGGCAGGGAUGACAUGGGGAGGACCCCCCUGGAGCUGGCCAUGAACAACCAGGAGCUGGUGGAUAUGCUAAAGGAACGUUGACAUAUUCCACUAAUCGAAAUAGAAUUAUUUAAUCUUUUGUCUUGACAUCUAAAAUAAA